UGGAAUAAUUAAAAUGGCAGCAAACGGUUUAAGUAUGGAUUCCCCCGAAGAACAAGCUGCAGCUAAAAAAAAAAAAAACUCGCCCACGGUCAUCUAAAGCAUGGGAGUAUUUUAGCCAGACUCUCAACAAUGUGGUGCUGUGUAAGCUAUGCAAAUUGGAAAUGGCUUAUCACAGCCGUACAACCGCCAUGAACGAACACUUGAAGCGAAAGCAUCCCGGAGCACUUUGUCAAGACGGCAGCAAGGCAGCACCUGGAUUUCAAGGUGGACAAUAAGAUGUACCGGGUUGAGGGCCGUUUUCCCUUACGUGAUCCCUGGUGGAAGAUCUCCUGCACAGUUGGCCAAGACAAGCGCAAGAGUUAUGUCAAAGGCUACCUCUCCUACAGCCUCCGCACUAAUCUGAGAUCAGAAGGUCAUUCAAUUGUGUCUCUUUUUCUCAAUGCUUGUGGGGCACUACCUGACUUUGUCAACACAUUUAUGGAGUGGUUGCCCAAAGACCGAGACGUGGAGCCCGUCAAUGUUCUGGACGCCCUGCAGGAUUUUGAAGUGUCAAAACCGGAGCAUAAAGCCAUAGCUGAACAGCUCAAGACAUAUGUCAAUCACUCAGUUGCUGGGACACAUGUAAGAGUUGCCAACUUGUACCCUGGAAUCAUGAAAUAUGUUCCAACAUUGCUGCCAGGCCAGUUUAUGGAGAUAAUAAGCAAGGGAAAGAUGGAGCGCAAACCGGAACCGGCUGAGACAGACGACUCCAGUCAGCCCUCACAACAACAACAACAGCAACAACAGCAGCAGCAGCAGGAUAAUACAGAUUUUUUGGCCAAACUGGAGGAGCUAAUUAAGACUGAUGUAUGGAAGUUGGGCUUUAACUAUAUCAUGUUCAAAGAAUUACAUCUCAUCAGGUGUGAAGCAAAGUUGGAGGCUUUUAAGCUCUGUAAUUUGUUCGAGACCAUCCCUGUGCUGCAGCGUAUUUCCUUGCAGUUGUAUGCGGAAGUUAAGCGCUACUGCAGUGCCACUGGCAGCACAUACAUUGAAAAGGAGAAACUGGAGGAACAUUUUUACCGUGAUCGUGAGGUGCAAGAUGUGAAUGCCUGGAAAGCUGUGCAUUUUCUCGUGGAGCAGGGUGUGCUGAUUAAAGACAAAACAAAAUAUGCGCUUCGGAACCUCUUCAACUACGAGAAGGGCAUUGCUGAAUGCUUGAGGAGCCUGGUGAAGGGAAAACUCUGGACAAUUGACUUAGAUGUGAGUGAGGUUCUUCGCAAUGCUCAACUGGAGCGAUUAAGGGCGAGGGCUUCUAAAAAAGGCAAUACAAGGAAAUCUGAUGCAAAAACAUCAGUCUUGGCACAAAAUCACGUAGAUCAGGACGUUGGAUCCGAGCAGAAAGACCUUGCUUUUGCUCAGCCUGGUACAUCAAGCAUGGACCAAAAUGGAGGAAUGCCGCCACUUUGUGAUUCUUCUCAGGCUUUUGAUAUUACAGAGCCGACCAUUAAAGAGGAAGGCCUCACUUCAGAUGUAGACUCCUUAUCAGACCCUGCCUUGAAUGAUUCCACCUACUUGGAUCCUGAUCCCGCCACCAUAGAACUAGACCCCGAUCAGGUGCGAGCGGCAGAAAUGAUGUGCGCCAACCCAGUGACGGUGAUCAGUGGGAAGGGGGGCUGUGGGAAAACCACAGUGGUCAGCUUGGUCUUUAAGGCGGCCAUGCAGCAGCAGACAAGUGACAUGGAAGAGGUGCUAAAGGCCUGUGAGGUUUUUCAGUAUGACUCUCAGGGGUCUAGUAAUGGGCUGCUGUCAGACUCACCCGAGGAGAAUAAAGGCAAGGAGGAGAGUGACAGUGAUGAAAAGCCUAUGGAAGUUCUUCUCACUGCUCCAACAGGGAGAGCUGCUUCGCUUCUUACUAAGAGAACUGGUUUCACUGCGUACACCAUGCACCAGAUUUUAUGGAGUUUCAUGAAUGCAAAAAAAGAUCAGCAAGGGAAUCCCGUGGACUGGAAGUUCUCACGGGUGCGUGUGCUGGUGGUAGAUGAGGGAAGCCUGGUGUCUGUUCAGAUCCUUCACUCCCUUCUCAGUAUGCUUACCCAACAUGCACAACUCCAGAAGUUCAUCAUUUUGGGUGAUGUGAGGCAGUUGCCCAGCAUUGAGCCUGGAAACACACUGAAUGACCUGUUUGAAGGUCUCCGGAUGAUCCGUUGGGCCAUUGAGAUGCAGACCAACCAUCGCGCCGAGUCUGAGCUCAUCGUCAGAAACGCUGGACUAAUUUCAGAGAUGGGUAAAAAAAGACAUUAUAGUCCUUUGGAGUUUGAUGCGACUAUAGACAUGACAAAAUCCUCUGAUUUUCCAUCAUCUGACAAAAGGUUUAUUUUUGUCCAAGUCUCUGGGGGAAAUUAUGAUUAUGACCUCCAGAAUGCUAUUAAAUUCCUACUGGAGAAAGCUCCUGGACUCAAAGAUGAUAGAACAUCCCAAUUUGUGGCUUUCAGGAGGAAGGACUGCGAUUUGAUCAAUGAGCUUUGCUGCAAGCAUUAUUCUGGUCAUAUUACAAAGACUCACAAGAAUAAAAUAUACUUCCAACGGGGGGAUAAAGUUUGCUGCACGAAGAAUGGCUACAUCUCAGAAAAAGACAAUGAGAACAAGCAAGAAGAGGGUUUCCAUGAUAAAUCUAGAACUUCCUUCGAUACUGCCAGAGCUUCCCGUGAUAAUGCUGGAAGUCAAAGAACAAAGGAACAGACGAAAGAGAAAAAAGAAAGAUUGUGCAACGGGGAAAUUUUCUUCAUUAAAGAGGAUUUGACUAAGGAGGAUAUGGGAUUGAGAUGCAAAAAGAUGCGGUACCUUACACUAGGUGAUGAGAACGGGCGGAUAGUGACUUCAAGUUACAGGGAUCUACAAAGAGAGUGUAAAUUGCGUCACGCUUGGGCAAGAACCAUUCACACCUUUCAGGGCUCAGAGGCCGAAACUAUUGUGUACGUGCUUGGAGAUGGCUGGGGUCAAAACUGGCAGCACGUAUACACAGCUGUUACACGGGGUCAGAAGUGUGUGUAUGUGGUGGGUAGAGAGAAUGGCAUAGAAAGAGCCAUGAAGAAACCAGUCAUCCCUCGGUAUACACGAUUGGGCAGCCACGUCAGGAGCAUAGUUCGACCAGGGAACGAUACUUUUAAUCAGUCUGGCAGCAGUCAAAGUCCAGUGGACUCUUCUAUAAAGAAACGUUUUGGGCCUUCACAAAUAUCAGGUCUUGGGCCUUCACAGUCUACACCGUUGGCCCUGCAUACCCCCAGCUUCUCCCAGGCGUUCUCCAGACCUUCAUGUGUAAGACAUCUCUACAGGGAGGGAACUGGCCAAAACUUUGAAACAACCAAUAUGAAUUUACAAGACGACAUGACCUUCAGUCAAACCUAUUCUUGGUCACCAAUGGACAUUUGUGAUGAGCCGAGUACAAUGCAUUAUGCGAAUGUGUCAGAAUUAUCUAAUCAUGUUGGAGCGUUCAGCUCUUCCCCGAAUGAAAGCAGCAAGGCUUCUAAACGGCUGGUUCUCUCAGACAACUGCAGUACACCAUCCAAACAUCCAAAGCAAACCACUUCAGAAGAGUCUCCUUUGGGCAGCUCACGUCUGAAGCUUCUCUCCAUCACAAGCCCCAGCAUCAAAUGCCACGGAAGGCAACUCUUCCAAGAAGAUUCAUAUUCUAACAGAGAACACCCUUAGAGUGGAUAGUGCCAACAUUCCAGAGUUGCAAAGAAUCAAAUAGAAGUGCAGGUGCACCGCUGUAUUUUAUCUGGCUUUUCAGAAGAUAUAUUUUUGAGGAUUUGGGAUUAAGAAUAAAUGCAUGCAGUUAAUUAGAUUGGACGUAAGUGUUGAUUAUGAAUAAUCUGCUAAUUUAUAAAGCAGCCCAAAUAGGGACGACAUCAGGGAAUUGGUUAUAUUUUAUGUAUUCAAAACAGUAUUUUUUUAUGUAUGUAUAAAACUACUGAAGGUUUUGCAAAUUUUUGUAUAGUUUCAAAAAGAAAUCAAAAGAAAUCUUCUGUAUAUCCCUCUGUUUUGACUUCACUUUGAUGUUUGGUUAGACAUUGGCACACUUUUGCUUUGUUUAUUAUUUUAAGUUUUAACAUUGAAGCAUUAUAUAGGUUAAUCAAAUGUUUGUCAUUUAAAUGUUUCAGCUCAUUUAUCAAUCCAUAAUGCAAAUUAACAUCUUUCUGUCUUCAUCAAUGUUUAAAUACAUGUUUGAUCUGUGCACAUGCUUUUCACAUUGUGGGCUGUCAACUAAAUUCAGAAAUUAAAACAAAAUCCUGUAGUAAUUUUUCUUUUGCAAAUUUAUUUGUUGUCGAAUAUCUGCAUUCUGCAGCUUAAAAAAAUAAAAUA